AUGACCUCAUCACACGACCCCACAGCCUUGACACAGAGCUUCCACUAUAAAACUUCCACACAUAGUUACGACGUGAAAUGGGGCUCUCUAGGGAACAAAAGUCUUCCUCCUCUGAUAUUCAUCCACGGGACGCCCUGGUCGUCACGCGUAUGGGUACCCUUCGCCCUCUCAUUGUCACGCCAGUUUCACGUUUAUCUCUUCGACAGACCUGGUUUUGGUGACACACCUGCGGAAGCUAAGCUGGAUGGUGCAAAGGCCAGUUCAGGUCCGGUAGAAGAAUAUGAUAGUAACCUGGCGCGACAAGCCGAGGUUUUCGCUGCCCUGUUCAAGUCCUGGCAGGCGGACUGGACUCAUGAGAGUGCCCACGUUGUCGCACAUGAUAAUGCAGGUUUGGUCAGUCUACGAGGAUAUCUCCUCCAUGACUUGCCGUAUGCCAGUCUUUGUCUAAUCGAUGUCGUCGCAAUCGGACCCUUCGGACAGCCUCUCUUCAAAGUCAUCGCCGAGAAUCCCCAGCUCUUCGAACAGCUCCCAGAUACCGCAUUUGAGGGCAUCCUAGAGAGCUACAUCAGCGACGCAGCAUACCACCCGCUACCCAAAGAGACCAUGGACAUGCUCAAAGCACCUUGGCUACGCGAGGGUGGAAAGCGCGGGUUUAUCAGAGAAUUGUGUCAGGCCAAUUCCAGAUCUACGGAAGAAGUGGAAGGGAGAUACAGCGAGGUUGGGCCAAAGCUGCCGGUUAAGAUUAUCUGGGGCGCUGAUGACAAGUGGCUCCCUGUGGAAGUCGCGCAUCGACUGGGAGACGCGCUGAAGGCUAGGGAGGUUAUCGUUAUCGAUAAGGCUGGACAUCUGAGUAUGAUUGACCAGGGGGCGCAGGUGGGUGUUGAGCUGGGUGUUUGGCUCAGUGAGGCUACGCGCAAGUGA